CCCCCUGCACUGUAUACGGUGCUGCUUCCUGCUCAUGUGGGGAGGGGGCAGACGACGGCCGGUGCCGCACCAAACAAGCCUGACACGUCCUGUUCACACCAGAGGGAAGACGCAGAGCCAGGACGGUCCGGGUUUAGAUUCACAAUGGAGCUGGGAGUUUCAGGGACGCUUCUCCUCGCAGUCUUCGUCAGCCUUAUCUUGUAUUUCUUCACAUGGAGGAGGAAUCUGAAAAAGAAAAAUCUGCCCCCCGGACCACCACCACUGCCCAUACUGGGCACCCUGCUGCAUGUGAGCACUAAAGAAAUGCCCCAGUCUUUGAUGAAGCUGAGUGAGACCUAUGGGCCGGUGUUCAUCAUCUAUCUGUCCAGUGCACCCGCUGUGGUCUUGGUUGGCUAUGAUUGUGUGAAAGAGGCUUUGAUAGACAAUGGGGAUAUGUUCAGUGUUAGAGGGCCUUCAGUAUUUGGUGAUCUACUCUUCAAGGGUUAUGGAGUGAUAUUAACUAAUGGCGAGAGAUGGAAACAGCUGCGCAGGUUUUCUCUCACUACUCUGAGAAAUUUUGGUAUGGGGAAGAGGAGCAUUGAAGAACGUAUACAAGAGGAGGCGCGUUACUUGGCGGAAGAGAUUAGGAAGAAUGAAGGAACGCCCUUUGACCCAACUAAUCUGCUGACCUUGGCAGUGUCCAAUGUUAUCUGCUCAAUAGUGUUUGGAGAACGUUUUGAGUAUGAAGAUCAUAAGUUCAGGACACUUCUUACCUUACUGAAAGAAAUGGCCCUACUUCUGUCUUCCACAUGGGGAAUACUUCUCAAUAUCUUUCCCAAGACUUUCCACUUUCUUCCUGGACCCCACCAAAAGAUAUUUACAAAUCUGGAAAAACUGAAAGACUUUGUUGCAGAGUCCUUGGAAUGUCACAAAGCGACACUUGACCCUAAUUGUCCUCGGGACUUCAUUGACUGCUUCUUAAUAAAGAUGGAGAAGGAGAAGAACAAUCCGAAAACGGAGUUCCACUUUGAUAAUUUAUUUGGCACUGUCAUAGACCUCUUCUUUGCUGGCACAGAAACAACAAGCACAACCAUGAAAUAUGGUUUACUCUAUCUGCUCAAGUACCCCGAUGUGCAAAAAAAAAUUCACGAGGAGAUGGAUCAGGUGAUUGGCCAAAAUCAAUGUCCUUCAGUAGAAGAUCGAGUCCAGAUGCCUUACACGGAUGCUGUUAUCCAUGAAAUUCAGAGGUUUGCUGACAUCACACCUUUGGGACUUCCGCACGCAACUGGUCAAGACACAACAUUCAGAGGAUACCACAUUCCCAAGGACAUUGUCAUUUUCCCCUUGCUGACCUCCGUCUUAAAAGACCCCAAAUGUUUUAAGAACCCAAAAAAAUUUGAUCCUACAAACUUUCUGAAUGAAUACGGCAGCUUCCAGAAAAAUGAGGCUUUUGUACCUUUCUCUCUAGGCAAAAGAAGUUGCAUUGGAGAGGGUCUGGCACGGAUGGAAAUAUUUAUUUUCCUUACCACCAUUUUACAAAGAUUUUACCUGAAAUCAGAAGUGGCCCCUGAGGAUCUUGAAAUAACUCCAGAACCAAACAAAAAUGGAGGAGUACCAAGAACCUACCAGAUGUAUGUGACCCCUAGAUGACCAAAGCACACGAAGGAAGCUUUUCUUUAUUUCCUAGAAGUUUAAUAAUUGCCAUGAAUAACAAGAUGUUGUCAUAUAUGUGUAAUCUUCUAAGAACAGAGCACCUACAAUAUAUACAAAUUUAUA